GCCCCCUUUAAAACGACAACAUCAACACCAACAAAAUAGCCGGCCAAUUAGGGCAAUUUGCUCGACCCCAUUUGAUUUUUUUCGUUGACAAAGUAGUUCGAUGUCGGUGUCCCAAUUAAAUAGGUGGAACAACAACGAACACGUUUUUACGAGAUACCAAAGUAAAAUCGCGAGCUGACACAAAAUGGUCUCGAGCAAGUGGCUGAUCCUCCUGCUGCUCUUUUGUUUGCGUCUUGAAGCUUGUUCGGCCGCGAGGGGAGGGGGAGGCCUCAGAGGUAAAGGCAUCAGAGGUAGAGGGCGCUUGUACAGUUCUCGUAUGCCAGUUAUAAUCCAGCACAGAAACCCAGCUUCCGCCAAUUAUUAUGACCACAAAGAUGGGGCUAAAAUUGUAAAAGCCAGCCAUUUCGAGUUGGAGUACAUGCUGGGACGAAAAAUAACCUUUUUCUGCAUGGCCGUAGGGGAUCCUAGACCGGAAAUCACGUGGUUCAAAGAUGGGAUAGAGUUGUAUGCCCACAAGUUUUUUCAGGUUCAUGAAUGGCCUUCGGGCAACGACACGAUAAAAAGCAAAAUGGAAAUAGACCCUACCACCCAAAAAGAUGCGGGAUUUUACGAAUGUCAAGCCAACAACAAAUAUGCGAUCGACACAAGAGGUUUCAGAACCGAUUACGUUAUGAUCACCUACUAAAUAAUUAUUUUUGUUAUUAUUAAGUUUAAAUUUUAUAAAACAUACUGUAUAAAUACUUAAGUAAGACUGUGCAUAAUCAAUAAUAAAGUCAUAAUCAUCAA